AUGGCUUCCGUCUCGACCUCGACUGUCCCCGGGCAGCACCCAGCAUCUCGGCAUACCGUCACUGACUUCGAGUCCUCGACCUCCCUUUCUUCGCUCUCUUUGGUGGAUGCCAACCAGGCCAAGCCUACACAUGACCGAUACAUUUACAUCCUCCGCGACAUAAUCUGCCUUGUCACCACCUUCACCAUCUUCUACAACUUCGUGACUCCUGAAUACUUUCCCUCCACGCCUGUACGAGCCCUGCUCUGGUGCCUAUACACUACGCUCCAGGGUCUCUUUGGAACUGGUCUCUUGGUCAUUGCCCACGAAUGUGGCCAUCAAGCGUUCUCUGAGUUUCGACUUGUCAAUGACGCGACCGGCUGGGUACUUCACUCAGCUCUUCUUGUCCCAUACUCCAGUUGGCAGAUCUCUCAUGGCAAACACCAUAAGGCCACUGGAAAUAUGGAGCGUGACAUGGUCAUUGUUCCUCGCACUCGCGAGCAGCACGCCACCCGCAUUGGCCGCAUAGCCUACGAGCUCUCUGAACUGACUGAGGAGACCCCCGCUUACACCCUGCUUCGGCUGGUCAUGAAGCAGCUUGUCGGUUGGCCCAACUACAUCCUCACUAACGUCACUGGUCACAACUACCAUGAAUGCCAGGGUGAGGGUCGCGGCAAGGGGAAGAAGAAAGGCUUGGGGGGAGGUGUAAACUACUUCGACCCCCGAAGCCCAAUAUAUGAGGCCAAACUACUGUUAGAUUGGCGGCUGGGGAAGGAUUCCACUUUCCUUUAUCACAAUAUUAUUCUUGCAUCCAGAAAAGGACAGUGUUGCUAA